AGGGAAUGAAUCAUCCAGUUCUUACUACAGUCUUGAGCGUUUUAUAAUUUGAACUGACAUUUUAAUUGAUACCGUUCAAUAGCGGAAGUAUACAAGUGUGUUUGUAAGGGAACUGUCAUUAAUCUUACAUCGGUAUCAGUACAGCCUUACCACUCACGGUUGUUGGUCACUUCUUAAGAUUGCUUAAAAUCAAAUCAAAUUAGCUAAGUUUUAGUGAUGUAGGCUUUCGUUCUACUGAUUAUAUAAUUUCAACUACUUUAUAAGUCAUGAAGUGUCAACUUUCUAGGCGUCGUCCAGUUGCCAACGGUUCUAGAUUCAAUUGAGUGUUUGUUAUCAUACUGCUAUCAGUGCCAAAGUUAGUCUACGUAGGAUAGAUAUCGAUGUGGAUUACGGGAAAGGCACGAGAUUACCGGUGAACUAAGUUCGAAAUGAAACGUACUGUCAGUACUGUUGAAUACUUCAACUUCUUAGCCGACACCUCAGCGCAAACGGUUCACGACAGGCGCAGCUGACCGACCGUCGUCUUCUUAUUCGUUGCCAUCACAGGCCUUUCAGUCGACCGUUCGUUGUUGAAGUGUACAGUCGUGCUCGCUACGGUAGGUUCAUUGGAAGACGACCUUCGACGAGGUAUCGAUCUGUAAUAGUGUACUAGUUUUGUGAUUCGAAGGUGCUAAUGGCCACGCGGAUUAGCUGCACCAGAUGUUUGAUUCGGUUAGUAAUGUGUCGUUUUAAAUUUUAAGAAGUGUAGUUUUCGGUAUUUAUACAUAAUAGUGAAAUUACAUAGGCAGUUUCGUUGCUUCGUGAAACGUUCGAAUGGAAAGUACUUUCAACUCGUCAGCAAACGUACGAAAAGGCUGCCCUCGAAACUCCUAUCGGUAGUAUUGGUUCCAACCAGUGAAGACCAAAACAACAAAGCAAUCAUUCAGGUGGUUUGCGUGUGAUCCUCUCGAUCGCAGCCUAACCAAAAGCGGUGAAAUGAUCGAAACUAAAAAGGAGUGAAAGAGACAGAAGCAAUAAUAAACCAAGUAUAUAGCAAAACGCACCGAGACGCGGUAAAUACUCGAAUAUAGUUACCAAAAGAAGAACGAGAAAAAUUGUCCUGUUGAAUUUCUUACGAAACAAUUUCACAGUGGGGUAGAUCAUAGUGUUCGGAGAACUGCAGAAAUCUGCAUACUGCAUACUGUUCACAUUCCGGAGUCCAGGUGCGUGCAAGAAGUAUAUCACGAGACAGCGAAAUGUUGAAGAGCAAAGCAACCGAAGAGAAGGUUACCCUGCUGUCCACGAACCAGAUACCGAUCAUCGAUCUGGCUCACUGUGGUACGGAAGAAUGCCCAAUCCGUUCAGUAGUUAAUCGAGUUGGGGGUCAACUGUGCCGUGCAUUGACAGAGAAAGGCGUGGCUCUGCUAGUGAACCAUGGAAUUGGUGAAGAAAAGAUCAAACUAGCUUACAGUCAUCUGGAUGAUUUCUGUAAACUGUCGACCGAAACCAAGGAGCUGUACCUUCGGAAAGACGGCAAUCACGGAUAUGUGAAACCAGGCCAGGAACGGUUCGACGGUAAUACCAAGGAUCUUCGUCACACGUUCAACAUCUGCACGUUGAAGCCAGAGGCUCCCCUCCCGGAGGAACCCCUGCCCGGAUUUCGGGAACACAUAUCCGAUCUUGCACAAGAUUUCCAGCGACUGUCAUCGCUUCUCCUGCAGGCUUUGGCCGUCGGGCUGGAUCAACCUCAUAAAUACUUCCUGGAAAAACAUACUCAUAUACUGGAUGGGGAAAGUGAAAACCAGUCCACAUUCCGCCUGCUGUACUAUCCUCCGUUGAUCAUGGAUGACGGCCAGAACGAGCUUCAACGGGGCCUCUGCCAUUACAGUCAGCAGCGUUGUACAAAGGACGAAAUUGAUCUCUCUUUUCCUGAAGACUACAGGAAAAAGAAAGCCGAGGAGCAGGAGAACUACGAGGCCCAAUACACUCGGUGUGGGGCUCAUUGCGAUUACGGAACCUUUACUUUAUUAGUACAGGACUGUGAAGGUGGUCUCGAAAUAAAACUGCCUGGAACGGACAAGUGGAAACGGGUUGGCCACUUGCCGGGAGCGAUCCUAGUUAACGCUGGCGAACUACUGGCGACGUGGACAAACGAGCAAAUUCCUGCAUUGUGCCACCGCGUUGUGAUACCACAGGAAGAAGCUCUGAAGCAUCGUGGGAGACACUCGAUUGCGUUUUUCGUUCAUCCAGACAACUGCACUGAUAUAGAGCCACUUGAAUUGCCUACCUCAAGUUCCUCCAACUCACUCGAAUCGAUGGACAAGAAACAGAAGAACCGAAAAAAAUCCUUCAAAACAGCGAAAACUAAAAUUUACAAUGCGUAUCAGCAUGUUCAACGUCGCUUCAAGGAAACGUAUGCAUCAUAACAGUGCCGGAAUGCGUUCAAUCGCUAACAAAAUAUGAACAGAUGGGUGUUUUUUCGGACUGGGUAAUUCUACUUACAGGUUGUCGUCCAUCAAUCACACUGAUGGUGAAUGAAACCGUAUCUACGCCUUGCAAUGUAUUCAGUCUUGGUUCAUUACCAAGAAAUAAGAGCAUGCAGAAUAGAUAUAUAAUGCCAUUUUUUGUUAUGAACUUUUGUAUGUCUAGAUCCAAAAUAAACUCGAUUAAAUCAGUAUACUGUACAAUCCAAUCGCGACUGAGGUAUGUUUAUCGCCAGUUAAAGUAAUUUCAUUUCAGAAUCCUAUCAAUCGUGCGAAUCGGUUUAGUCAAUACUUAUUUGCACAUGAAACUCAUUCCUCACACGCUGUAGACGACUUUGGCACAUGCUGAUGGAUCAUUUCUUCAUGCCAAGUGUUAGUAGUAUAGCCAUGUUUGGAGUGAUUCGAAAGCGAAAGAUGUCAGUCUGGUAGUCUAGAAAAAUAAAGUAUUUGAAAGUGAUAUCUAUUAAAAAAAAGUAUGUAGAAUGAAAUUAUUUUUAUAUUAAAUACUCAUUGCUAAUUUAA